UGAAAACAAACGGGGCUCUCGAGUUAUUAUAAUCGUCAGUUCUGCGUUUCUCUCCGCGAUUUGUUUCCCCAUUUUGUUAUGGCGAAAACAGAAGAAUCUAUCGACAGACUAAGCGCGUUGCCCAACGACGUCGUUACGCAAAUCCUCGCUCGUCUCCCAACAAAGCUUUCCGUGUCGACCAGCGUUCUUGCCAGAGGAUGGACCUCUCUGUGGGCCCACGUCCCCAAUUUGGAUCUCUACGGCCACGCCUCAAGAUCUCGUGUGCGGAUGACCUUGGGAGACACCACCGGCGGCGUACCAUGUCGGCAGAUGCUGCAGAGCAUAAACGCCUCUCUCCUCAAUAGACCUUAUGAUUAUCAUCACGUCAGGGAUGAAGAUGAAAUCCACAAGCUAAUUUGGUCUGCCUUCGCUUGCGAUCUCCUUAGUAUUAACAUUGAUAUGUAUGAAUUUAACCAGGUGCCGUAUUAUCCACCCCGAUUCACUUGCGAAACCCUAGUCCAGCUGAGGCUUCACGCCACCGGAAACCUCCGAUCAUCCGAUACUGAAAACCUUUACUUUCCCAGCCUCAAGAAGCUAGAACUUUCUCAUUUCUUUUAUGACUCUGAUGCCCUGCCUCGCUUUCUCUCUGGCUGUCCUGUUCUUGUGGAGUUGACCCUCUCUUGUGUACCGAUAACGGAUUUCUUGAUUGACGAUGAACCUCCAAUCUGCCACAUCUCCUCACCCACACUUGAACGAUUCACACUCAUUCCUGGUUUUUCUGACAAUCCUGGUUUGUAUAACUCUCCGAACCUGCGGAUAAAUUUUCCCGCACUCAAAUAUCUUACUAUGGGUAAGUCGACACAUGAGGUUAUAUUCACCUCCCAAUUGCCGUCACUAAUUGAAGCAGACGUGAAUUUUCGGGGAAGAUCAAGGUGGAAUAUACCGGAAUUAGCAGAGUUUAUUGAUUGUCUUUCUAACGUGAAGUGCUUUAGAUUAUUGCAUAUUCGUAGGACAAAGAUUGUUGAUGAUCAUGCUUUUUUUAAGUUUGACAACUUGACCAGGCUCGAAAUCCAAGAGCACGGCCAUCCGCAGUUCAUGAUGAAAAUACUUGAGAGUGCUGAUAAUCUUGAAAUCCUAAGUAUAUUUGAUGCAAGACUGACAUGUUGGGAGGAGCCUGGACGAGUUCCUAUGUGCCUCUUUUUACGUUUAAGGUUUUUGAGAAUUAGUUCCGAUGUGUAUGGAAGGCACGAUCGUGAAAUGAUGAGCUAUGUUUUGAGGAAUGCUAAAGUUCUGGAGAAGAUGGAAAUACGUUUCAUGGGUCGUCGGAAGACGAAAUUAAAAGAACCUAUCGACAGACUAAGCGCGUUGCCCAACGACGUCGUUACGCAAAUCCUCGCCCGUCUCCCAACAAAGCUUUCUGUGUCGACCAGCGUUCUUGCCAGAGGAUGGACCUCUCUGUGGGCCCACGUCCCCAAUUUGGAUCUCUACGGCCACGCCUCAAGCUCUCGUGUGCGGAUGACCUUCCGAGACACCAAUGGCGGCACACCAUCUCGGCACAUGCUGCAGAGCAUAAACGCCUCUCUCCUCAAUAGCGCUUAUGAUUGUCCCGUCUUCGUGGAGAAUAGCGCUCAUGAUUAUCACGCCUUGGAUGAAGUCCACAAGCUAAUUAGGUCGGCCUUCGCUUGCGAUCUCCUUAGUAUUGACAUUGAUAUGUAUGAAUUUAACAUGGAGCCCUAUUAUCCACUUCAAUUCACUUGCGAAACCCUAGUCCAGCUGAGGCUUCACGCCACCGGAAACCUCGGAUCAUCCGAUACUGAAAACCUUUACUUCCCCAGCCUCAAGAAGCUUGAACUUUCUGAUCAAAUCUGCCACAUAUCCUCACCCACACUUGAACGAUUCACUCUCGUUCCUCUUGUUUGUCACACUCCGAGCCUGCAGAUAAAGUUUCCCACACUCAAAUAUCUUACUAUGGGUAAGGCGACACAUAAGGUUAUAUUCACCUCCCAAUUGCCGUCACUAAUUGAAGCAGACGUAAGUUUUGGGGGAAGAUCAGGUUGGAAUAGCCCGGAAUUGGCAGAGUUUCUUGAUUGUCUUUCUAACGUAAAGUGCUUUAGAUUAUUGGAUUCUUAUUGGACGAAGAUUGUUGAUGAUCAUGCUGUUUUUAAGUUUGACAACUUGACCAGGCUCGAAAUCCAACCGCACGGCCAUUCGCAGUUCAUGAUGAAAAUCCUUGAGAGCACUGAUAAUCUUGAAAUCCUAAGUAUUUUUGAUGCAAGACUGACAUAUUGGGAGGAGCCUAGACGAAUUCCUACGUGCUUCUUGUUACGUUUAAGGACUUUGAGAAUGAGUUCCGACGUGUAUGGGAGGCACGAUCGUGACAUGAUGAGCUAUUUCUUGAGGCAUGCUAAAGUUGUGGAGAAGGUGGAAAUACGUUUCAUGGGUUGUCGGAAGACGAAAUUAAGUGCGAUUGAGCAAAUGUUAUUGUGUGACGCAGAGCGAAGAUAUGAGAAGCAACUUUUAUAUUCAGAGGGAGAACCUAAGGCCUGGGAGCUAGUCUUCAUCAAUUAACUGGUUUAUAAAAAAUUUUGUACAACAGAAUUCUAUUGAGGUUGGAGGACCAUCCAUCUAGGUCAAUUGAUGAAAGUGAUAAUAAGUUAUAUGUCUCGACUCAACAAGAUAAAUUUGUUUCACAAUAUCGG